GGAUUUUGGAGAAUCCUGGGAGAGAAGAGAGAUGGUAACAUCACCGGUGGUCAACACGUAUCCACUCUCCAGCUACACAUUUGGCACCAAAGAGCCCUAGAUGGAGGACACCUCCGUCGCCGAUCGCCUUGCUCGCAUGAAAGUCAAUUAUAUGAAAGAGGGUAUGAGGACAAGCGUUGAAGUGAUUUUACUGGUCCAAGAACAUAAUCAUCCGCAUAUUCUUCUUCUGCAAAUUGGGAAUACAUUCUGCAAGCUUCCUGGUGGACGCCUGAAGCCUAGAGAAAAUGAGAUCGAGGGUUUGAAGAGGAAGCUGACCAGCAAGCUUGGAGCUAGUUCACCCGCUCUUGUACCGGACUGGCAGAUCGGUGAGGCCGUGGCCAUCUGGUGGAGGCCUAACUUUGAGACUAUGAUGUAUCCUUAUUGUCCUCCCCACAUCACAAAACCCAAGGAGUGCAAGAAGCUCUUCCUCGUUCACUUGUCCGAGAAAGAGUACUUUGCAGUACCGAAUAAUUUGAAGCUUCUUGCUGUCCCACUGUUUGAGCUCUAUGAUAAUGUGCAGAGAUAUGCCAGUCAUAUCAACCAUUCCUCAGCAGCUUUCUAGAUUCCAGUUCAACAUGAUCAGUACAUGACUUUGGCAUGGGUUGUCAAUGAUCCUGAAUCUUUCUGCUCGUGUCCCGUACGUGACGGUAUAUAACGAGAGCCUUCUGCAUCGCCUU